AUGACUAACCUGACUCGAUCAACUACAACGGACAACCGAUCUACGCGUGCGACUACGGCAAACACGACGAAUCUGACUAGGUCAACCGGCGAUGUCUCCCAUGAUGCGAUAGAGGAUCGAAAUUUGACUGACCCAAAUAAGCCGGGUCCGGAAACCCAGACCACUGCGACAUGCUCGCAGGACUCUGAUGUCACACUCACACAGCAGAAACAGGAUAUCACACAAUCCGCUACCCAGAAGCGCGUCUUAUCCCUUAAAGCGACCAAACACAGAUCCAAAACACCGACCUCGCAAGUCAUGGAACUGCCGGCUUGGGCGGAAGACGUCACGGACAUGAACACUUUCGUGUCCGCCGUGACAAAACUCACGCAAACAAUCAACAAAGCGGUGAAUGAUGGUAAGAGCGUAACGGUUAAUAAUAAAAAAGUUAUUGCGGCGGCUGCUCAGGAGAUCAUGAGAGCCACCCAGGUUCUCGCAAAAACUUCGACUGACGCACCCUCAUCCUCAUCCUCUGCCACUCCCCUGAUAGACCCGGCGCAUGGCUGCGGCUUUGAUAAGGAGUCGCUGAUGGCAGCCAUUAGGGAAGGAAUCAGAGAGGAACUCAAAACGCUCCCCACCUCCUCACCAUCACCACCACUUUUUACCAAGAAUUUUGCAGCGGCAGUUGCCGCGAGGCCUAAGUGCCCAUCUCGAACACUUCUGGCGAUCAUUAUUAAAUCCACGGAGACUGGAGAAAACCAACCGACAGUAUACGACAAGUGGAAGUAA